AUGUCGCAGCCAGGCUUCCCCGGUGAUGAUUCAACCAUCACGCAUCUCGUUCAAAACAUCGUUGAGGGGGCCGUGCGGUCCGUCGAGGGAGUUCCUAUUCCUCUUACGCCUCGAACUCCUAACCAGUGGCCCGUCGAAGAACUUGCCACCCGUGAAGCCCUGCGAUAUUCCUUAAGCUCCAGCAAAGUCAAGGAACUGCUCGACUUCUCCGCUCUGAUCUAUGUCGAUGAACCCGACGACAAUCUGCUCUGUCCUAUUUGCAAGCUUCCCGUCAUCACCCCCAUAAUCACGCCCUGCGAUCACACUUUCUGUCUCGAAUGCUUGAAGCGCCAUUUCCAUUCGUCCGAUACCUGCCCCAUCGAUCGAACAAGAUUCCGCGCCAAGGACUGCAAGACCUCGAGACUCUUGACCAACAUCCUCGACAGUCUCGUAGUCGAGUGCCCCAAUUCCGAGCGAGGAUGCGGCGAAAAGAUGAAGCGCGAGGAAGUCGUCAAGCACACAAUCAACUGCAGGUACACGCUGCACGACUGUCCCGACAAGGCUUGCGAUAAGAGAGUGGAGCAGUGGCUGGCCGUCUCGGGUAAAUGCUGGCAUUUUGAACAGACAUGCGAGUACUGCGAGGAGAAGAUGGAGGCUGCCUCGAUGGCGGACCACAUUAACAAUAAAUGCACCAAAAACACGACAGACUGCACCGACUGCGGCGAGGCGAUAAAGCUGUCUGAAGUAAGCCAGCAUCGUGACAACAGCUGCCCCGAGGCCUCGGUUCCCUGCACAUACUCCCCUUACGGCUGCACCUACAAGACUCUUCGCAAAAUCCUUGGCGUUCACAAAGACGAGUGCAUCUAUAAAGUGGUUGCCGUCGUCGGCGACAAGGUAAGCGCCCAAGAGAAGCAGAUCGAGAGGCUGCAAAAGCAGACGGAAGAACAGGAACGGCAGAUCAUGGAGCUGAAGGACGAGCGACGGGAUUGCAUCUCUUGGGACGACGUCUUCAGCCUGAAUGACGUCCCAGGAGGAGCCAAGUUCAAACCCACCGAGGCUGUCAUGACCAUUUACGAAGACAUGGAACGUCGCAUGGAGGAGCUCAAGAAGGAGUUUACCGAUCUGGAAGGACGGCAGACGGUCAUGGUUUUGAACCAGGUCAUGCCGAUCAAGGAUCAGAUCACCGAGAUCAGGAGCACACUAGGAGUACUCAAGAUGCACAUGGCCUGGCUCAUGAACAAGAGCCGUGAAGAAAUCGAGCGUAGCCGCCUGGCCAACCGUAGUGUCAGCAGCACCAGCCGGACGCGCGGCGGCUCCGAUAGCGAUGGCGGAGCCGCCCCCUCGACUUCUCGGCGGCUGAGCGACGGCUCGAAUGGCAUCCCUCGCCUCUGA